GUUCUAGAGUUACUGUAGGAAUCUCCAUAAUUGUGUAAUAGCAUUGAAAUGUCAGCUCAGGUAUGGGAGGAAUUAACCCUAGGCUGCCGGCUCCUGACACGGUGGCUGCCAGCUAUUUUGGGUGCUGCUGCAUUUAUCUGAUAUGGAAGGAGUGAAGAUGGUGCUGAACCCUGAGGACCAUCUGGAGGUGUAGCUGGAGCCCUGGGAAGGAGGGGAGAAUAUGCUUUUUCCACUUUUAGCUGUGUGGAAACGGGCUGCUUGGUGCCCUGAUGCUGGACUUGAGCUUCUAUUGGGCUGGAAGGGGUGAUGCUGCUCCCCUAGGAUACACCCCAUAGGGGUAGGGGAGUUUCUGGACUGCUUUUGCUGCCCCAGGUAGUAUCCCGAGAGCAGCCCCUGCCUGGCCUUAUCUCCUUGGGGUCAACACCCUCCCCUUGGGUAAUGCUGGUGAAACCGCAGCAUUUGGCCUGGGAGCAGAUAUGACCCCCGGCCGGCGCAGCUGUGGAGCUGGAUCGUGCUCCCUGGAGAAGGUGCUGGCCUGCCUACAAUGAAGAUAAUUUAACUUCAGCCCCACUUGUAGCACCAUCAUCUUCAUCCUCUGUGUUGGGCUCUGGUUUUGCUGCCAUGGGCUCAGCCAGGCAUGAGGUCUACACGCCGGCGGCUGUCAGCGCCCCCGCUUCUCGAGGCGGAUCUCUCUGUGACACCCCCCAAGGCCCCGAGCUCAGGACCCUCUGUUCAGCCUCGGCGGGACGGCUACCGGCCAAGAGGAAGCUGGACCUGGAGGGCCCCGAAUUUCGCAUGCCCAAGGGGAAGGGCUGGACACUGGCACAGGUCCCCAGCCCCAGGACCCCCAAGUCUCCUGGGGAGAAGACUCGCUACGACACCUCAUUGGGGCUGCUCACCAAAAAAUUCAUCCAUUUGCUGAACGAGUCUCCUGACGGUGUUGUGGAUCUGAACCGGGCUGCGGAGGUGCUGGAGGUCCAGAAACGUCGCAUCUACGACAUCACCAACGUACUGGAGGGCAUCCAGCUCAUCCGCAAGAAAUCCAAGAACCACAUCCAGUGGAUGGGGACAGGGAUCUUUGAGGACGCAGCGAUGGUGGCGAAGCAGCAAGUGCUGCGAGGGGAUCUGGCUGAACUGGCUAGGACAGAGAGGAUGCUGGACCGGCUCAUGCAGGACUGUGCCCUGCAGAUCCAGCAGCUGGCUGACAAUGAGACCAACCAGAGGCUGGCGUACGUCACCUACCAGGACCUCCGUGCCAUCAGCAGCUUCCAAGAACAGACGGUGAUUGCCGUGAAGGCUCCCCCUGAGACACAGCUGGAGGUGCCAGAUUUCAGUCAGGAGAACUUCCAGCUCCACCUGAAGAGCACCAAUGGCCCCAUUGAGGUGUACCUCUGCCCAGAGGAGAUCACAGAAGAAGGCCCCACCAAGGAGCACCCUGUCCCCUUUGCUGCCACCUCCCCAUGGGAUGACCCCGUACCCUUUUCCCUGCCAAACAGCUCCCCAUCAGCUAAACAGCCACCCUACCCCAUCUCCCAGAGAUGGGGGGGCACAGGAAGCCCUCUCUCACCCCCAUCUCUGCCUCUCCCCAUCCAAGGGGGACCCAGCUCACUGCUGGAGAUGGAGCCUGGGCUCCUGGGUUCCCCUGCCCACCUUCUGCAGCAGACGGAGGACCAGCUGCCCUGCACCCCCUCCCACCUGGACUCAGGACCCUUCAUCACCUUCUCACCUGCCCUGGAACAGGAUGACUAUCUCUGGGGGCUUGAGGGCGAGGGUGUCACAGACCUCUUUGAGACAUAUGACCUGGGGGACCUGCUGAAGCACUGAGUGUCCCCCCGCCAGUCAUCAUUUCCUUUGUUCCCUCUGGCCACUUGUGUCCCGAGCGCAUGGGAUCUGUGUGGGGUGACUGGAGAGAUUGGGGAGCACUGUUUUUUCUGAGGAUGGCAGGGAGAGGGGGACUUGUGUUGCUCACCCAGUGUGGUUUCUCUGCACUCUCCUGGGUUGGUUGUCACCUCACUGGGCUCUGGGAGUGCCCUGGGAUCCAUCCAGGACUCAUCCCAGCAUCCCCCUGUAAAUCCAUGGGGUACUGAUGCUUCCCACCCUUACCCCACAGUUGGGGGUGCCUUUUGGGUGCCCCAGAUGGGUUAGGGACACCCUUGGGUGGCAGAGAAACCUCUGCCCAGAAUGGUCUGUGUCAUGUUUUGGGGUCACUCCAGUUGUUCCUCAGUUAAACUGGUUCUUCAUGGUCUCAACAGGUCAUUUCCAGUGGCACAUUCCCACCAUGGCUGGAAUAUCCUUAAAAAAACAUUCAGGCAGCAAAGCUGAAGUCAUCUUUGGGUGAGGGAAGGGUGAAGCUCACAUGGCUCUGGCAAAUCUCUGGCUGGAACGUGGAGCUGUAUUCUCUGAGGGACUACAGCCCCUCUGCCCCGGUCCACACCAGUUCCCUCCCUCCAGCCUCUUGGAGCUAUUGGUGCUGGGAGUAUAAAAACUGGAAUGUACAGGGAAGAGGUAUGCCUGGAGGAGGCGAUGACCUGCAAGAGAGGGGCUUGGGAAACAGCUUGGGACAAGCCCUGGGACAUGGGGUAGGAUAGGGCUUUUAACUGUGCCAUUCCUUGCAAAAUAUCUGUAAUUAUUGCACUGUAUUUAUCUGGGUUCCCCCUUUGGUGUGGGGCUGGGAGGGAUUGGAUUUGUCAGUGGGUGUAUUUAAGUUUUCCUUCCUUGGGUUGUUGGUGCCCCUGUAGAUUGGCUCAAGAGAUGGUGUGGGUGAGAAUAUGUUUUGGCCUGGAAAAACGUGUGGCACUUUUUCUGCCCAGGAGGGGUUGAAAUAAAAUAUA